AUGAAGUCCGGCAUCUACGCCCUUGUCGCCUCGACAGUGGGCUACUUUCUGUUCCUCGGCGUCUUGACUAUUCCCGCCUGUCAGAACCAAGCCAUCCAUCUGAACAAGAUCACCUUGACAUGGGGCCAAGACGUCAACGUCCCCGAGCAAUGGGGAUUUCUUCAAAACCAAGUCACGCCUUUCUUGUUGGAUACGAGCGACGGCGAAACAUUGCAUGCAUGGCACAUUCUCCCGCUUGGACUGUACAAGAAGCAUGAGGAGGAGCUGAUAGAUGAGCCAGCCGGGCUUGCCGUGGACAUUACUUCUCGACUGAGCUUCAAGAUGUUGCGCGAGGAUCCAGAGUCUCUGCUGGUCCUCUACCUUCACGGAGCGGCUGGCACACUGGGAUCUGGCUGGCGGCCGCCGAGUUACCGGGCCAUGUCUGCUCUGAACCCAGUCAAGAUUCACACCGUGGCCAUUGAUUACCGUGGCUUCGGCACCAGCACUGGAACGCCGUCAGAGGCCGGGCUGUUGAAUGAUGCUCUUGCGCUGGCCAAAUGGGCAAUGGAAGUUGCCGGGAUCCCGCCCUCACGCAUCGUCCUCUUCUCGCAGUCACUCGGCACAGCAGUCACCAUCUCUUUAGCCCAUCAUCUAGCUACCCAAGUUGCAAACCCGAUAUUCUUUUCGGGUAUGGUCCUUGUGGCUCCGUUUGCCGACGUCGAGCAGCUGACGGCAACCUACAGAAUCGCGGGCACGAUUCCGUUGCUCGAUCCCAUUGCCCGGUUUCCUCGGCUACUGGACUUUUUUAACCGCUUCAUCAUCGCCAAGUGGCCGUCCAAGGACAAGCUUGCGGGCUUUGUGCGGUCUUGCGAGAUGUCUACUGAUGAUAACGCGCGGUACCACAUCACUAUUAUUCACGCAGAAGACGAUUAUGAUAUUCCCUGGGAGCACAGCGACAAGCUGUACUGGCAUGCAGUCAACGCGUCUUCGCCUCAUGGGAUUAGUUACGAGGAGCUGGAGGAGGAAAAGGCCGCCUCAAGAUCAGAGUUGCUGGGUGGGGGCUGGGUUGUGGAACAGAACACGCAAAAGGGAAGUCUACGAGAAGCAAUCUCAAAAUGGGGGCUGCAUGACCGGAUUAUGUCGUAUCCAAUCGUCAGCUUGGCAGUAUGGAAGGCUUUUCAGCGGGAGGCGAGCGAAGCUCCAUGA